AAGAAGUACUUUACAAUCUAAUCUAUUCUAUUCCGCUGAAAAUCGAGAAAGUUGGUGACGAUAAAUUGAUUGUACAUGUUAAAUGGAAAGGAGUAAAUAUAAAUGAUGAUGAGCCGGUUACAAAAAAGUUUAGGUGCUUUUCUAAAGCCGUGACCGUUAAAGAACCUCAUCAGAAGAACGGUACAUUCGGUGAACAUAAUACUAAAUUCGAACUAAUCGUUAAGAAAAAAAAUGUCGAUGUGAAAUGUCAGUAUGGAGUAUUAGAUG